CUGUCAUCGAUGAAACGAGUUUAUGUAAUUGACUAACGUAUGAUGGCUCGAUAGAAGGAGCGACUGUCUUCCUUCAAGAGUCUGCAUACGGGAGACCAGCUGGCUACAAAGUGUAGACAACUCCUUUCCUCACACUGUUUAGCCCUUUUUGUGCGCUACAUAUCCAUAGUAUAGGGCCAUCCAAGCUUCAAGAGUCAUCUAACCUCGGGCCUCCGAGUCCACCCCAAGUCAACCCCUACCCCAAUUUCGUGAGAGUGACGUCCACAAUUCUUCUGUCUGUUUCUGAUUCUUUUCGCUAAAGUACCGAGCAACCUUGGGCCUCCUUCCUUAGGGUUCAAGUUACGUGCGUGGCCCUAGUAAUUUCAGCCUAUAAAAUACCAGCAUGCGAUGGCUUUACAUCCAAAUCCUUCACUGCAACAAGCUCCAUGAUGUUGACUUCCCACUUCACCAUCCUUGCGCUGCUCACCUUCCUCACUGGCGCCAACGCGGGAUGUGCAGCGUGCGCUGAUACUUUGGAAGUCGAUGGUGUAGCGGUCUACACGCUAGUCAACAGCACUAUAGAGUACAAGGACGGGUACACACUUUGCACUUACGAGAAUAUACUGGGCUUAGAGGUGACCUGCGAGUAUUCGGACAGGGGCGCGUACGUGGAUGGGGAUGACUUGUGUCCGCGUGGGUCAAAGUCGGAUACGAUUGGGUGUUGAGCAGGAUAUGACGUGGAAAUGGCCUAACGGGAGUAGCAAUAUUGUUUUGCAGACAGCUGGACAUAUCAGUAUAUUUUUUCCGUUAGAAACGUUCCCCUCGUUGUCUUGCAUUGGCCAGCUUGUAAUAGACGAUCUUCUCGAGCCUCUCAUCUCAUUCAGUAUUCCUCCUGGCCUGGCACUGGUCAGUGUCUCAGUCAGAUUCGAAGCUUGAAAAUUCGAGCGAGUUCCUCGAGUUUCGUUCUCCGGGUCAAGACUAUAAGUUGUAAAAAAAAAAC